CCCCCCUCCCCCCCCGCCCCCACCGCACCCCCCCCCCCUUCGCCCCCCCCCCCCCUUCCCCCCUCCCUUCCCCACCCCUUCCCCCCUCCCCCGGCCGCCCCCCCUCCCCCCCCCCCCCCCCCCUCCCCGCCCCUCCCUUCCCCCCCCCACUUCUUUCCCCCCCCCCCCCCCUUCCCUCCCCCCCCUUCCCCCCUCCCCCCCCCUCCUCCCCCCCCCCCCCCCCCCCUUCCUUCCCCUCCCUUCCCCAUUCCCCCUCCCCCCCCGCCCCCCCCCCCUUACGCCCCCCCCCCCCCUCCACCUCCCUCGCCCCCCCCCCCCCCCCCCCCCCUCCCCCCCCCCCCCUUUCCCCCCCCCCCCCCCCGCCCCCCCCCCCCCCCCCCCUCUCCUCCUCCCCCCAUUCCCCCCCCCCCUUCCCCCCCCCCCCCGUCUUCCCCCCCCCCCCCUCCCUUCCCCCCCCUCCCCCUCCCUCCCCUCUCCCCCCCCCCCCCCCCCCCCCCCCUUCCCCCCCCCCCCCCCCCUCCCCCCCCCCUCCUUCCCCCUCCCCAUCUUUCCCCCCCCUCCCCCCCACCCCCCCUUCCCCCCCCGCCCCCUUCCCCCCCCUCCCCCCCCCCCCCUCCCCCCCCCUCCCCCCUCCCCCCCCCUCCCCCUUCCCCCCCUCUCCCUCCCUCCCUUUUCCUCCCCCUCCCCCCCCCUUCCUUCCCCCUCCCCCCUCCCCCCUCUUCCCCCCCCCUCCCCCUCCCCCCCCCCCCCCCCCCCCCCCCCCCGCCCCCCCCCCUCCUCCUUCCCCUUCUCUUCUUUCCCCCCCCCCCUCCCCCUCCCCCCCCCCCCCCUCCUCCCCCUUCCCCCCCCCCCCCCCCUCCCCCCCUUCCUCCCCCCCCUUUUCCCUCGCCCUCCCCCCCCUUCCCCCCCCCCCCCUCCCCCCCCCCCCCUUCCCCCCCUCCCCCUUCCCCCCCCCCCCCCCCCCCUUCCCCCCCCCCCCCUUCUCCUCCCCCCCCCCCCCCCCCUCCCCCCCCCCCUCCCCCCCCCCCCCCCCCUCCCCCCCCCCCCCCUCCCUCCCCCCCCCCCCCCUCCUCCCCCCCCCCCCCCCUCCCCCCUCCUCUUCCUCCCCCUCCCUCCCCCUCCCUCUUCCUCCCUCUCCUCCCUCCCCCCCCCUCCCCCCCUCCUCCCCCCCCCCCCUCCCCCCCCUGCCCCCCCUCUCCCCCC